CACUGCCACUCUUUCACAUAUUCAAAACCAACUUAAAGAGCAAAAAUACAGUUGUUUCAAAGAUGGUUAUGGGAGUGAGUGCUUGGAAACAACAGUGCAACUGCUUAAGAAGAUAUGCAAUGGAGUCCGAACAUCAAAAUUCACAGGCAUCCCUGUAGACUGCGUGAGCCUGUUAGCCUCAGUAUCAAACUUUUCCCAGUCCAAGACGUGUGACGUGGGAGGAGACACUGUUCACUCAAAGGAUCUGAGGCUGCUGUCUGAGUCAAUCGACAUUGUCAGAUCCUGGAUCAGUAUGACCUUCAAAGAGAAGUUACGCGAUACCUCAGAGAUCAAGAUGUGGAAUAACAUAAUCUCUCUCAGUUUUGUAAACGGGGAUUUCACAAAGAAAUGGAGACAAACCUUCUGUACGGAUUUAGAGGGCAAACUUAAACAGAUCUCCUCUCUGGAUCAAAUAGAGAUCUACUGCUCGAAGGUGGAGGAGCUGGAUUACUGUCAUCCUAAUGUGACUUGUAGUAUUGAGAAAUGUGCUCUUGAAGCUGUCCCCUCAUUGUGCCAGAGCAAAUCAGAGGGACAGCUCUUUGAGAAGUUUCAGAUUAACAGGAAGUUUGGGAAACUCAUCUCAGCCUUAAUCCAGAAAACCUGGCCAAGAGACAGCCAUGGAAACAAGGAUGAGGCGGUCUUUCAACACCUCAUGACUUGGACUGCAGCCAAGAAUAUAUUUGAACUACAUGGUGCUGAUGAAAAGCUGAUUGAGCAGCUCUCUAAAGAGGCCAAGGUCAAAAUUACUGAAGCAAUCUCAUCCUUCAAAGUCAUCUGUAACCAGCUGAUCAGUGGAAGCAUCAAGAUCAAACUGCUCAACGACAUCUUAGGAAAGAAAGCGACUUUCACAGAGAUGAUGGCGAUAGAUUGUCUAUCUGUGAAUGAGAAAUGCAAGAACCGUGCCUCUGUGGCGACGCUCCUCGAUUGGAGGUGUGAGGAGGCUAGAGCUGUCAACCAUGAGAAGGAGCUGGUGGAAAUCUUGCUCACCAUGAGCCGUAACCUAAAGGAACACAUCACAGUUCAUUUUGGGGACAUGGAAGAGAGACAACUGACCAACAUUGAGGACAUGACCUUGGACCAGUUCAUGGAGGUUCAUCCGUUUGACCAGCCCUCGUCUAGAAUGCAUGGUGUGGUUACAUACUUUGAUCUUGAUGGGAGCAUGCGACAGAUGGCAGAUGUUUGGCACCAGUUUGGAGACAGCCACAUAUUCAAAAUGUUGUGGGAGAAACAGACCAAAGACUUUGCUUCUGAAUUUGAUUCUUUGGUAACACCAAAGGAUGUAACCAAUGGCAUUUUUCAACCUUGCUACGCUAAAUACAAGAAGACCUACGAAGGCCUGAAGAAUGGCAGUCUCAAGCUUAAAUAUGUUGACACCCUCUUCAAUGACUACACGGGCAAAUAUAAAAAGCUGGAAAUGGAUUUGGACAUCAUGUGCGGACUUAACAAGUCCGAUAACAAACACUGGAUCCAGGGAAGGGUCCAGCAGAUUGAGCAGUACCACGGGCUUCACUUGGCUGUGAAGUCUGCUCUAGUCAUUAUGAAGGUCAAGGAGACUCUAAAUCUUCAAGGCGACUUCAAGAGCCUUCAGACACUACUAGACAUUAUUCGAGCAGAUGUUAACGAAGAGCACCUUGAUCAGAUUGACAAUGACCUGAUGCAGGCCAAGGCAGAUCUGGUGGACAUCACAGAACCUCGCAGACUGUGUCUCGUGGAACUUGGCCACUCAAAAGAUUUUGUCAUCUGGGUUAAAGAGGCCCUGAAAGAUAUCAAUGAGCUGAAAGUCUUUGUUGACCUGGCCUCCAUCUCUGCUGGGGAGAAUGAUCUUGAUGUGGACCGUGUGGCCUGUUUCCACGAUGCCGUUCAUGGAUACUCCCCAUUGCUCUUCGAGCUGAAGCAAGAUUCUGGUUUUCAGACCGUUAAAGAGGGGAUGAAGAAGCUCUGGAGAACAUUGGAUAAUGAUUGCAACCUCCCAAAGAAGCUGCAUGACACAGCACGACACUUGGAGUGGUUGAAAACUGUGAAGGAUUUCCAUGGGUCUGUGGAGCUGUCCUCCAUCUCCUUAGCCACCGCCAUUAACAAAAAGGGCAUCUACACCAUCAGUGCACAGAACCAAAAGAAGUUGAGUCUUGAGACUGCCCUGAAGCUGCAAAUCUCCGAGGAGCAUGGAGAGGAGCAGGAGAUGCGCUCCUACUCACUGGAGGACCUGCGGGAUCUGCAAAACAAACUCAUGCUCAUGUCUGGUAAAGGGGACCAGUCUGAGGUGAACCACUUUUCAGAGGUUUUCGCCAGUGUCCAGAGAUUGGCUGUGGCAUUCAUUGCCCUGUUUACAGCUGGGAACCCCCUGUUCCGAAACUGGGAAGCCAACAUCGACUGUAGUUCACUCAGUGAGGAGGCCGGCAUCACCGUGGACUUCCACCUGGGCAGUGUUGUCGGUGUGAUUACGGUGGAGGGCAACAUCGUGGAUCAGCUUCCUGAGCUGUGCAGGAAGAUGGAGAAGUGUCUGAAGUACUGGAAUGACUUUAUGGACAAACAGAGAUCCCACCAUUACUACCUGAACUACUACACCGCAGAGCAGAUAGUCUACCUGUGCAGUAAGCUGACUCAGCAAAAUGUGGCCAAUUUUGAAGACCAAGUUCUCAUGAUGCUCUCUUUUGUCAAACCCAACUGCACAGCCUCUGAUCUGAGGCAGUCCUGCCAUGCACUGCAAAGUGAGAUCCUCGCCAAACCAUCAGAGCGAAAUGAGGAAAUUGACUUUCAGACCUUUGUUGAAGUGUCGAGCAGCGGAGAGAGAGGUCCAGAUUUUAUGGAUCGCUUUACCGAUAACCUGCCAAGUCUCAUCAAACAAGAAAUUGGCUCAGGAAAAGUGAAUCUGAUUUGGAAUGCUUACAUGAGAGACAUGAAGAACUUUCUUCCAGACACUCUUGAUGUCAGAAGCUUUGGAAGAUUCUUAGAAAUAUUGGCCAACAAAGAGGAAAACAAAUUUUGCCCAAAAAUGUGGAGCAAAAAACCUAUUCAACGGGAUCUGUCCAAGGGCCUUGCUACGGGGACCCCAAACCUCAUUGUUUGCCCACACGAUGAGAUCCUGACAUCUUGCAUCUCCAUUUACAUGAGUAGCAAAUGUGAGCCAUUGCCUACGUAUGAUGAGGUCCUACUGUGUAACUCCUCCACACCUUAUGAGCAAGUGGAGCUGUUCGUCAGGCGCUGUCUCACCCCAGGCUACAGAGGACAGAAGAUCUACACCAUGCUUUACGGGGAUCAGCUGAGUUAUGAAGUGAGCUCCAAAAUUGAGAGAUUUUUCAAGAGUAUCGAAAUGCAGAGCCGGAAAGACUACAGGCUUGUGAUCAUCUGCAGUUUGGAUCGAGAGCACGCCUACCUUCCCUCAGCCUUCAGCCAGUACAGGUUACACAUGGUGCCCCAGGAGCCACUGAUCAUGAUUCAGCGUUACCUGAACAGACACUAUACGGUCCCAGCGGAUCAGACCAGUGCUGCUGCUGUAUUCAAAGACCGACAGUUUGUUGGAGUUGUGUCGUCCGAAAGAGCUGGAGUUGGUAAAUCCCUUUAUAUCAAGAGGCUAUUUGAAAAACUGAAGGACAACUUCAUGAAGUCUGCACUGCUGAAAUGCAUUCGCUUGAUCAAGCCAACGGUUGAUGAAAAUGCCAUUCUUCAGUCUCUUCUCAACAGCCCUGAGAAGAAGGAGCUGACCAUCUUCCAUUUUGAUGUCACAUCUACGGUGCAGAAGGGUCUUGAUGAAUGUCUGUUUAAACUGCUGGUCCUGGGCUAUUUGAUGGAUUCUGAGGGAAGAAUGUGGAAAUGCAGCAACAAGCAGUUGUAUGUGAUUGAGAUUCUACAGUCUACAGUAAACCAGCUCAGAAAUGAACCAACAACGAAAGCACCUGUCAACUUUACCUUCCUGGAUGUGUUCCCAAACAUCUUCUGCCGCCCACCCAACGAGAUUCUAGAACUGGGAAUGAGGAUGCAACAGGAUCCCUCCAUUACGAAGCCUGAAGACCCACUUAUGGAUGACCAAGAGUUCAAGAGUGACGCUUACCAACGACCAUACCAAUAUCUGACACGAUCCCAUAAUCACAUCAACUUGGACAGAUUUAUGUACAGUGGAGUUGAAGGGACCCAUGUGAAAUGUCUACAGUUGCUCCUUCUGUACUGUGGAAUUAAGGACCCCUCAUGGGCAGAGUUGAGGAAUUUUACAUGGUUCCUAAACCUUCAGCUGCGAGACUGUGAAACGUCCGUCUUCUGUGAUGCCUCUAUCACCGGGGACACUCUUCAGGGAUUCAAGAACUUUGUGGUGGACUUCAUGAUUCUGAUGGCCAAGGAUUUCGCCACUCCUUCACUCAGCAUCUCAGACCAGAGCCCUGGGAAGCGGCAGAUCGACCUAACUGGAAAACAAGAAGAAGACCUGGCACCAUUCCGGAUCAGAAAGAGAUGGGAGUCAGAACCACAUCCCUACAUCUUCUUCAAUGGCGACCACAUGUCAAUGACCUUCAUUGGCUUUCACCUUCAGCCCAAUAAAGAAAACUGGGUAGAUGCUGUUGAUCCAUCCACAGGGAGUGUGAUCAAAAGGAACAUCAUGACAAAAAAACUGUUUGACGGCCUGACUCUACAGAGAGUCCCUUUCAACAUUGAUUUUGAUGAACUGUCGAGACAGGAUAAAAUUGAAUACAUUUGCAAUGUUAUGGGAAUCCACCAGCAUCUUGAUCCUGAUGAAACAUAUGAGCUAACAACUGACAAUGUAUUGAAGAUGCUGGCAAUUAUCAUGCGGUUCAGGUGCAGCAUCCCUGUUGUAAUCAUGGGGGAGACAGGGUGUGGGAAAACGAGACUCAUCAACUUCCUCUGUGAACUACAGAAGAGAGCAGUGACCACUCAGAAUAUGAAGCUAGUCAAAGUGCAUGGAGGAACUAGCUCAGACAUGAUUUACACCAAUGUCAGAGAGGCAGAAGCCAUUGCUUAUAACAACAAACAACGCUAUGGCUUUGAUUCUGUUCUCUUCUUUGAUGAAGCCAACACAACAGACGCCCUCAGCAGUAUUAAGGAGGUCAUAUGUGAUCAUACUGUAGAAGGAGAACCUUUGCAAUCCCAAUGUGGCUUGCAAAUUAUUGCUGCAUGCAACCCUUACAGAAAGCACACAGAUGAGAUGAUUCACAGAUUGGAGUCAGCUGGCCUAGGAUACAGAGUCCGAGCUGAAGAGACAGACGAAAAGCUGGGGUCCAUCCCUCUCCGUCAGUUGGUGUACCGAGUCCAGGCCUUGCCCCCAAGCAUGAUCCCUCUGGUGUGGGACUUUGGACAGCUCAAUGAUCACACUGAAAAAAUGUACAUCAAGAAAAUUGUCAAGAGGGUGGUUCAGACCAACAUGAUCAAGAUGGCCUAUGCAAGGUGGAUCACCAAUGUCAUGUCUGCUUCACAGAGGUACAUGCGGAAAAGGAAAGAUGAAUGUAGCUUUGUAAGUCUGAGGGAUGUGGAGCGUUGCAUGCAAGUUUUUGUCUGGUUUUACAAAAACCAUAAGAUGCUACUUGCUUGUCUGUGGGAGUUUGAGAGAAAUCAAAAUGCAGAGAGGUGUAAACGAAUCCAAAGAGAUCCAGUCUUGUGGUCUCUGGUGAUGGCGGUGGGAGUGUGUUACCACGCCUCAUUGGAAAACAAAGAAGAGUACAGACAAAAGAUCUGCAAGUAUCUCACUGAAACAUACACCCCAUUGAAAGUGAUGCAGGAAAUCUCACUCAUGCAGGAUCUUCUCCUGAGUGGAGUGCCGCUGGGGGAAACAAUUGCACGAAACAAUGCUCUGAAAGAGAACAUCUUCAUGAUUGUUAUCUGCAUUGAGCUAAGAAUCCCUCUCUUCUUGGUAGGGAAACCUGGGAGUUCUAAAUCUCUGUCUAAAACCUUGGUAGCAGAUGCCAUGCAGGGUCAAGCUGCGCACUCUGACCUCUACAAAAGACUGAAGCAGAUUCACCUGGUGUCCUUCCAGUGCAGCCCUCACUCCACACCAGAGGGCAUCAUCAACACAUUCAAGCAAUGUGCACGUUUCCAGGAGGGAAAGAACUUGAAGGAGUACAUAUCAGUGGUGGUGCUGGAUGAAAUUGGAUUGGCUGAGGACUCUCCCAAAAUGCCCCUGAAAACCCUCCAUCCUCUGCUAGAAGAGGGAUGCAUUGAUGAUGAGCCGCUACCACACAAGAAGGUUGGAUUCAUUGGCAUUUCCAACUGGGCUUUGGACCCCGCGAAGAUGAACAGAGGGAUUUUUGUUUCACGCGGUGACCCUGACGAGAAGGAGCUGAUUGAGAGUGCAAAAGGCAUAUGCUCGUCUGACACAAUGAUUUUGGAGAAAGUCAGAGAUUUCUUUCAACCCUUUGCCAGGGCCUACCUAAACAUCAGCCCAGAAAAAGGCAAAGGUUUCUUUGGUUUGCGUGACUACUACAGCUUAAUCAAGAUGCUUUUUGCAGUUACCAAGGCCUCAGAGCAGAUCCCUAGUGCAGAGAAGAUUGUGGAGGCGGUACUAAGGAACUUCAGUGGAAGAGAUGAUGUGGACGCAGUCACGGUCUUCACCGAAACGCUUAAGAUCAAUCCAAAUCUGGAGAGGAUCAGUACCAUUGAGCUUGUGAGACAAAACAUCUCCGCUCAGGAGGAAGACUGCCGCUAUUUGCUGCUACUGACCAAAAACUAUGCAGCCUUACAGAUCCUGCAGCAGACCUUUUUCUCAGAGAGCUGCCAGCCUGAGAUUAUCUUUGGGUCCAGCUUCCCCAAGGACCAAGAGUACACCCAGAUCUGCCGCAACAUCAACCGCAUCAAGAUCUGCAUGGAAACCGGUCGAACCGUCGUGCUCCUGAACUUGCAGAACCUAUAUGAAAGUCUCUACGAUGCUCUCAACCAAUACUACGUCUGCUUAGGAGGACAAAAGUAUGUUGACCUGGGACUGGGGACCCAUCGUGUCAAAUGCAGAGUGCACAAAGACUUCAGGCUCAUUGUCAUUGAGGAUAAAGAGGUGGUCUACAACCAGUUUCCGAUCCCUCUCAUCAACAGGCUUGAGAAGCAUUACCUGGACAUCUAUACUGUCCUUAGUAAAGAACAAAAGGAAAUUGUUGCAGACUUGGAGAGAUGGGUUGGGCAGUUUGUAGAUCUUCGACAAAGCUUAACUGCACCACAAACCUACAAGUACCAACCUCCUGAUGUUUUCAUUGGCUUCCAUGCGGACACGUGUGCCUCGGUGGUUCUUCAAGUGACCGAGAAACAGAGGGGAGACAUGGACAUCCCAGACCAACAAAGAAGAGUACUAGAUGAGGCCAAACUCAUCCUGGUGAACUGUGCCACUCCAGACUCUGUGGCUCGUCUGGACUGCACAGGGCUCUCUAAAGUGGAGAGUGAACAUCUGACCGGGUUCUACUAUGAAGAGAGGAAGCACAGCUCUUUGGCUGACUUUGUCUGUCACACACAACAGGUUGAGCAGAGCCCUUCCUGCUUCACAGAGGUGACGACAUUUUCCAGACUGUUGACAGAAUCGGAUAUUGGACCGCUGAAGGAGGUGGUACACAAUGUAGAGCUUCUGUCACUGCAGCAGUUUGACACAGAGCUCUCUUUCCGCAAGAAGAUCAGGGAAUUUCUGACGCCUGGAAAUGCAUCAAGCAAUAAACUACUCAUUAUUCAGUCAGAUUUGGAUGAAGCAUCCCACAAUGCAAGUGUCAUUGCGUCUGCAAAGUACUCUGCCAUAAAUGAAAUCAACAAAUCAGAACAAGAGGAGAUUGAAGGCAAGGUGUUGGUCUACUUCAUCACCAAACUGUUAAGGUCGGAGAGUGGGACUUCCUUUGUUGGAUUUCAUGGAGGUCCCUGGAGGUCAGUUCAUAUUGAUGACCUCAGAAGAUCCAAAGAUAUUGUGUCAGAUAUCAGAGUCUUGCGAAACCUUGCCAUCUGUCAACUGUUUGAGGAAAGGCAGGCUCAGCCUCAAGGUUUGGAUGACAUGUAUUCUGGGACAGAUCAACUUGAAGACCAAACAUGCUGGGAGGAUGUCCUGGACACUACGCUGCUUGUGCGUAGCUGCGUUCAGAGCGCGGUGGGCAUGCUCCGAGACCAGAUGGAGGGUGGGUUCCGCAACAUCAGGAGAGUUGAGAUCCUGCUGACUCUCCUGACUGACAACGACGAAAUAAGAGCUGAAUUUCUGAGAAUUCUAAAGAGACGUCUGCACUCCUUACUGGCAACCCGUGAAAAAAACACUACCUUAACAAAAAACUGGGUCAUUACUGAGGCUUCCAACAUUGAUGCUUUGCAUGAGGGGGGGACAUUUAGACAAACCCUAUGGAAGCGAGUUCAGGCGGUGGUCAUUCCACUUUUGGCACAGCUGGUUUCUGUCAUUGACCGUGAUGGUAAUCUAGACCUCCUGCUGGACACCAACUCUGGAGAGACAAUCAAAAAAUUGUGGUUAGACAUCUUUGGGGACGACAAACUACUUGAUUUCCCCUUUCCCUGUGCUAGUGUGGACAACAAUUCUGCGUCUAAGACCAUCCUGGUCCAGAAUAACAUCCCAAUAGACAAGAAUAUCAGCUGUAUCAUGCCCUUCAGCUGGAAGAUCAAGGACUACCUGGAUGAACUUUGGAUUUAUGCUCUACAACAUGAAGGCCAAACUCAGAGGCAGUUUGAGGUGUUUUUCGGGAAGACUCCUCUGGGCCGCUACAUUGCAACGGCGGACAAGGAGAUGCAGACAGAGCUUUUCCACAGAUACCUGCAGGAUUUCAUUACCAUGACCAUGAAUGUGACUUGUGAAGAGGACAAACAGCUCCUUUGUGGCGCCUUGACCUGUUGUGUGAACGAGCUCCGACUACGUCAUGAUGCUGUUUGGACGGAGUUGACCUCUCUGCCCUGGGUCCAUGCUGCCUACAGCGAGUUUAAGAACCGCUUACAGAACUUCUCCAGAAUGAUCAGCAUCCCCCGAGUGGGCCAGGGCCUCCUGGAGAACACACAAACCAGAGAGGGGAUGGAGCUGGUCCUCGAUGUGCACGCGGCAAUGGCCUGCGUGGAAUACCUGGAGCCCCAGGCUCUGGACACAGACGCCCAGCGGCUAGACUGGCUCAGGCAGGUCAAGAGGCUCCAGGUGCCCAUAGAGCUGGUCUGCUCUGAGGAGAGUCGUAGGCACUGUGGGGAGAGAAGCAAGUCCAUGGUCUGCAGAGUCCAGAGCAGAUGGAACCGCAUCUUUGUCCUGUCUCUAUUUGUGGAGCACUUGUUGCUGGGUGUCGAGAAAGUGGACAGGAGGCUGAAGCCUUUGGUUUUAGCGUCCGUGCGACGGUUAUGUCACGUACUGGAGAGGGAUGCAGACCUUAAAAUUAAGCAGGCGUUUGAGGAAGUGCUCAAUAUACUUAAGGCCUGCAGAGAAGAAGCAGUUGAAAACAGAUGGAAUGCCAAGCAGUUCAAGAAGAAGUGCAGUGCUUUCUUUAUUGACCUGGUCUCUAUGGUGUGCUUCAAGGACAACUCUCCGCCCUGUACGACCAUCAUCCUCCACCUGUUGUCUUUCCUCACAGUGGAGGCUCAAUCUAGUCCUAUCAUCAGAGAACAUAGACAGAUUCAGAGGCACUCUCGGUUUGAUCAGUCUGUGGACAACAUCCAGUGGUUCAUUGGUUCGGUUUGGUUGUUAUUCAUCAAACUCCUCCUCCUGCUCUUCCACCUGCUGAACUUACUCAUGGUGGAGGCUCAGUCUGCCCUCAAUAUCACAGGACCUUUUCGCAGACAAACCAAGGCAAUCUCUCCCUUUGGUGUUGAUGUGGACAGAAGUCCAAUGGUUUGGUCAGUAGUGCUCAAACUCCUGCUCAAGUACAGCUUUGAUGAUGUCAAAGGUCACCUGCAGCAGCAUCUGACAGAAGUUGAGCAGAGUGAUAUCUUGGAGGAAUCAAGAAAAACAGAACUUUAUUCCUUAUACAUAAACUGCAUGGAGGACUCCAUGCAUGAGAAGAUGCAGUGUCGCACAACAGUGGAGCAGCAGGAAUGCCUACAGGAUGAGAGUGACUUCCUGCGUGACUUCCUGCGCUCAGGCGCUGCAUGUAGACAGAUGGCCACUGUACAGUGCUUCCAGCAGGUGGCCAGGUUACGCAUGUGUCUGGAUAUGGCCGUGAAUCUAUUGGUAGACAGACAUCGGAUGGUUGCCACAGAGAAAGAAUUCAUGACCAGUGUGGAAGAACUGUGUAAGCGCAGUGGGAAUGACUGGUAUCGGGUCUACCUGAUCCGUAAGAUCUGCAACCAGCACGGAGUGGAGUGUGCCCAGAACUUCCUGACAGUGGCAGAUAUGCAGUGGCUGUUCCCAGAUGAGGUCCUACAGAAGAAUCAAGAUGGGAGCCAGAUUGACCAGUAUCUUGUGUGUGGAGAGGGCUACAAGACUAUCCGAGAUGUGGUUGCCAAAGCAAUACUGGAGGGCAAAAUUAAGGAAAUAGAUUGUGCUUGUGAGGGUUCUACGUGUCCAAAAGGUAAGAGGACAGUGUACCUGCUUUUGGCUCUGUUCAGAGAAGUCACCUGUCUCUAUAGAGCAGCCAAUCACAACCUCCGUCCGAACUCUGAGUUUUGUCAAGCACUGGUGGAUUUCAUCCAGGCCUCAACGGUUCUUGCAAGCCCAAAUGAGAGGCAGUUCGCCCUGGACCUGGUGGCCAACCGACUGGGUCCCCUGACCGUCCAGGCUGGGGCCUCUGGUGCCCAGCGUGUGGUGGUGGAGCUGGCCAUCCACUUGUCUGCAGUGCUGCUCUGUGGGAACCAGGGCCUACUGACGCCCCUCCAGCGGCUGGUGCUGGUCCCUACCAACAUGCAGAGAGCCUUCAUACCCACCAUGCCGGAGGAUAUGCUUGCAGUUGCACGCCAAGCCAUUGGACAGAUGCGGUGGUACAAUUGUCCGAAUGGUCACCCUUGCGCCAUUGGUGAGUGUGGCAGGCCCGUGGAGACGAGCCGUUGUGUGGACUGUGGAGCUGAGAUCGGAGGGAGCAACCACAAUCCUGUCCGGGGCUUCACUGAUGCUCCGAUCCGGGAUGACAGUACUGAGACUGGCCACGUCCUGGGAGACCCUGGGCGGAGGGACCACCCAGACAUGCAGGACACAAAGAACAUGUCCGCUGUUCCUUUCAACCUGGUCCGGCUUCUCACCCACUUGGCCAUGCUACUAGGAACCAGAAGUCACCCACAGGCCAUUGCUGCUAUCAUCAAGCCCCAAGUCCCUGACCCCAGUUUGUUCCUCAUGGGUCACCUGCUGAAAGACAUGGAACACGUGACUAGGUUUAUGGGGAAAGGGAGAGAUGACACAGUCAAUGCCGUCCACCUGAUGAUCAGUAGCCUACUGAAGCCUCACCGUCGCGGUUGUGAUGAUAAUCAUCUCUCUACCAAAGAGGCCAGAAAUGCCUGGGAGAUGACAGUUGGCAAUGAAAUAAUCCCUCCUCAGCUGAAGGACCUGGACAGGCGGCUGCAGGAGGUGAAUGCCUUUAUCAGGGCUGACUCAAGGGUGUCCUCCAACCCUAUCAUGAAGGUGUUGUCUCCAGAGCCACGCCUGUUCCUGACCUCGCUGCCCAACGACUCCCAGAUCCACAGCCCAGCAGUGUGGAACUGCAGGGAGAGGGUGUCCCUGCUCAGCCUCACCCGCAUUGUGGAGCAGAAUGACGGAGAAAACACCCUGCCAGUGCUCUGGAGGUUCCUGCACAAGGAGGCAGAGCUGCGGUUGGUAAAGUUCAUCACUGACAUCCUGGAACUGCAGAGAACUCUGGUGAAGACGUGUCGGAAUGUGACUGAUCUGUCCCACUGCACCAUUGCCAAAUUCCUCCAGAGACAAGAAUCAGUUCCCCUGAGAGCCUGGCACGAGAAACGGAUCAACAUCUUCCUGACAACAUGGAAUCAGCUUAGGGGCUUGCUGGCAACCAAUGGAGAGAUUAAGAUCCCUUUUGAGUUCUGCCAGAAGGAUCUGGACAUGACCAGUGACUUCCAGGUCCUGUUGCCACGGCGUCAAGGUCCUGGUCUCUGCUCCACAGCCCUGGUCAGCUACCUCAUCGCCUUGCAGAACGAGCUGGUCUACUGUGUGGACAAGCACCUUGGAGAGGAGACUAGCUUUAAAGUGAGCCCAGCAGACCUAACGGACCUGCAUGUGAUCCAAUAUGAUCUGGAGAGGGACCUGCUGCCACUGAUCCUGUCCAACUGUCAGUACAGCAUGAAGCACGGCAAGGAGACCCUGCACGAGUACGACCUGCCCAAGAUCCAGCAGCAGAUCCUCUCCCGCUUCUUGCAGGGCAGGCCCAUCAUCACCCUCAACGGAAUCCCAACACUGGUGAACAGACAUGAUCGAAUUCAUGAAAUUAUUCUGAAGGACAUGAGAGGAAAGAUUGGACAAGUGCCUCUGCCCUCGCGGGCCCUGUCGACACUAGUUGGGGAGCUGAAUUCGUACAAUGAGGUGUGUGAGGCCCUCUCCACCGUGGAGGUGGCCCUGGGGUUCCUGGCCAUGACCGGGGGAGAGCCUCACAUGCAGCUGGGCAGCUACCUGGAGGAGGUGCUGCAGAUGGCCGAUCAAACAGCUCCACACAUCCUCACGGCCCUGGGCAGAUACAAUCUCAAGCACUGUUUGGCACUGUGGCAGCUCCUGACAUCACUCAAAUCAGAGAACAUGCUGCGGCUUAAGAGGGACCCAUUUGAAGGGAUCUCAGAAGAGUACAGGAAGGCCCUGGGAGAGGAGGAGCACAGGCUUCUCACUGGGUUCUUUAGUAAAAGCAACGCUGAUUCCAUCCUGCUGGAGAUGCACGAGUUCCUGAUACUGGUCCUGAAGAGCCCCCGUGCAUCUGACACCUACAGGCCUGACUGGGGUCUGAAAGAUACACUUGUGGCAUACAUGGAACGUAAGAACCUGGACAUCCCCUCUGAUGUUGAGGAGUUCUUCCCUGAAGAGAUCGACCUGUCUCAGUACAUCGAAGCCUGGAAGUUCGGGGUGGCGUUGAAACGGGAGAGAAGUCAGAGGUAGCUCCAGCCUCUCAAUCACAAACCGCAAAUGUAAACAUAACUGGAGCCCCCUCAUCGUUGGUGAAGGAAGGCACAAAGCUGCAGUUACUGUGGUCUAAACCGCUGCCUUCAGAACACAUAUACCACUGCAGCAUGGGUUCCAAUCCGGCCCAAUUAUAUUUCAGCAAAAACUCUCUAUAUACAGUAUCGUUCCCCACUGUCUCUCCUCUAUCCAAUAAAGCAUCAAAAUGCUAAAACUAUAUACCUUAAAAAAAAAAGCUGCAGUUACAAGCAAAGGAUGGGAGCAACAGCAAAGUGAAUUUGAAUAAGUGAACUUGUUCGCCAUGAGUUGGUUAGCUAGCCAGAGUUAUGUGCAUUUAUUUACAGCUAUCUACCACUCCUACUCAAUUUCUUCAUGACCUCCAAAAUGCUGAGGUGACUCUAGUUAUGUCAAGGUUCUGACAAUGUUUUUGAAUAAUUACUUUUAUUAGAUGUACUUUUAACUUCGGUUAAAUGUAGGUUGGUUAGGCUUACUGUCGUCAUAGUUACUGACACAUCACUAAGCUUUUAAAUUCGUAAUAAAAGUACAUUAAACACAAGAAUAGGCACAUUGUCAAUAAAAAAAGGAAGGUAGUAUGGAAAAUGCAUGGAGUUAGAUAGAGGACUCAUCUUUUGUAUCUGUGCCAUUAUAGCGUCUGUAACAGAAUGGGUAGUGCCAU